AUGGCCAAUGCCGCUCGCCAGCGAAAGCGCCAGUUUGCCCCAAAAAGUAAAACAGGGUGUCGGACGUGCAAGAGGAGACAUCUGAAAUGUGGAGAGGAGCGGCCUGAAUGCUCGAACUGCCUGUCCGCGAGGCUCUUCUGCGACGGCUAUGGAAUCUGGGGCGGAGGCACAUUAGCAGUCGAACACGGCCGUAACAACGGCGUUGCGACUCGACCAGCAGAAGAAUCCACGCCAACCCUGCCCGUCACGGUACCAGCCUUGUCCAGACACCACACGCCGAUACCAUUCAAGGACAUCACACUUGCUGAGCAAGUCUGUUUCGACUACUUUGUCAACAAAACGGUGGCGAAAAUACCUGGGGUGUUCCCGUCCAACUUUUGGACUGAGUUGGUUCUUCAAGCCAGUGCUUCCGAACUCCUGAUUCUACAUGCGGCUGUCGCCCUUGGCUCGGCACACAGGAGUGCAGACCUUAAUCAGUACGGCAGUGCGGUUCCCUCUUCCUUCUCAUGUUAUAGAGAGAAUGGCAAAUUCGAUCCACAUGAAGCAUUUGCCCUGGAGCAGUACAACAAAAGCAUCUCUCAAUUGCGGAAGAACAAAUUCGAGGAGGAGAAUAUGGAAGAAGUACGCACCGCACUGGUUGCCUGCAUAUUAUAUGUCUCGCUCGAACUUCUGCGGGGCGACUACACGACAGCUGUCACACAUACACGACAUGGUUUGAAUCUGCUGAUUAGACUGAAGAGAGGUUUCGAUCCACAGGCAUUUUAUCCUCGGAGGCUGCAUGAUUCGGUGGAUGACUACCUGAUCGAAGCUUUCACACGGCUAAGCCUUCAAUCAGCGCAUGCUGGAUCUAUCCAAGCCCUCUGCGACGUGGCUCAUCCGCAAAGCCUUUCUUCAGCAUGGGAUCUGCCUUAUGUGUUUGCCGAUAUGUUCGAGGCAAGACGGGCAUUCGACUCGCUCAGGCAUUCGAUAUUGACUUUGACUGAACAAUGCCGCCGCCUCGAGGCCGGUGGGCAACAACCCUCCCAAGAGAUCUUCGCGCAGCAUCAUCUUCUCCAGAGAGCGAUGUCGACCUGGCUGCAGACGUUCACGGCCAGCGUCCCAACCCUGCAGAGGGUCACCAGUCCCCGGCACUCGCUAGGUAUCCCGCUACUUCGCCUCCUCCACACCAUGGCAUCCAUUCAGGUCGCAACCAUGUUCAGCACUUCAGAAGCGUGUUACGAUGACUUCACCUCUGACUUCACUUUCAUCCUCUCAGAAAUAGUCGCAGUCUACCGCAGGGCUAGCGAGUUCCACCACCGCCCAUUCACCAACGAUGUCCGACUUACAGGGUUCAGCUUCACAUUGGACGUCGGCACCAUCCCGCUGCUGUCAUACGUGGCGCUGAAAUGCAGGGUACCCUGGCUGAGGAGGCAGGCCAUCGCGAUCCUGCUGGCAGCACCACAUCGGGAGGGCAUCUGGGAUGGCGUGGUGAUCGCACACAACGCUGAAAGAGUCAUGAUACUGGAGGAGAACGGCCUCUUUGACCAGUUUGCCUUGGACCUCGAUACACGGCCCUUUGACCCCCUCGCGGAGAAGAACGAGCGUUUGUCCCACAUCCCCAGUCUACCAGCCGUGUCUCGUUUCCGCCACGUCAAAAUUAUCCCCAGUCGGGCAAGCACAGCGAGGGGCAAGCUGGUAUGCUGGCGCCAGAAGCCUGAUUGCAGUCAGGGAUGGGAGGAAGUGGUGGAGGAUUUUGAUCUGACUGACCUUCACCGGGGCGAGUCCGAGGGUGUCGAUUUCCCUUGCUGA